AUGUCUGCAUCUCCCCAAAAGGUUCUAGCUCUAUACAGAAACAUACUCAGAGCAAGCUAUCAGUUUGAAUACUACAACUUUAGGCUGUAUUUUCUACGCAGGACUAGAGCUGAGUUCAGAAGGUUACGUAACGUUAGUGGCGAUAACAGUGAUCUUUAUAAGAAGGGAAUGAAAGAUUUGGCAUUAUUAAGAAGGCAGUCUAUAAUUUCCGAGAUGUUCCCAUUUGAGAAGUUGGUUGUUGAAAGGGUUGAUGCAAAGCAUCAUGAGGUGAGAGCUGCUGAAAGAGCUGCGGUCCCUGUGAAGCCAACUAUGACCACGAGUGAUUGA